UACGGUAACCACACGGUCUAUGACGUAGAAACCCUCCUAGAAGGGUAAAGUGUGAAGCGUAAAGCUUCUCUCCACUCUCUCCGCCUAUAUUUACUCAUUAAGCAUAUUUAAACAAAUAAAAUUAUCACUUCAGUAUUCAGUUCAUUUCUUUGGAGAAAAAGAGGGUCUUAUAUUCAAGAAAAUCCAAGAUUUUUUACUGAAACAAUAUGGAAGAUCGCAAGGAGAGGAAUGAACCAUGGUUAUCUGUUCCACAAUUUGGGGAAUGGGACCAAAAGGGUCCGUUGCCCGACUAUUCCAUGGAUUUUUCAAAAAUCAGAGAAAUGAGAAAGCAAAACAAGAGGGAUCCAUCAAGAGCCAGUCUUGGAAACGAGGAAGAGCUCAUCUCUUCAACAACUCAAACUAUAAAAACUGCCCAUGUUGAUGAUCACCACAACUAUGAUCAAAAUCACUCUCCAACAGCAAGGAAGAGCAUUUUGAGCUGCUUCAACUGUUGUGUAAAGGCCUGAUUUUGAUUGAGUUAAGUUGCAUUAUGUAAUGUCAAGUCGACCAUUCCAUGUUUCGAUCAAUUGUUUAACAAAAAAAUAGGGAUGAUUUAACCGUUUUCAGGUUUCGUAUGAAUAAUCCGAACUUGUCUUGCUUCAAAUUCGUCUCUGCCUUGUUUAUACGGACUUGUGAGUACGAGUAGAAAGUUUAAUGGUA